AUGGCGGGCAUCUGCUUCGCUUGCGAUCCACCGGAGGGAGAGAAUGAAGCUGGACCAGCGGACAUCGGCGACCCUGGCACAUCCGGGCUCGUCGGAAAUGAAGCUUCAGCUCGGAACAAGGUUCGGAAAAAUCUACGCAAUACCGACGAGUCGUCAAGCGUCGCGUCGACGAUAGCCGCUAGCAGCGACAAACGCGUAGGAAAGAAGGACCACCAAGGAAAAGGAAACUUGUUACCGAGCAGAGCUGGAGGGAGCAAGCCUACUGCCAAGAAGGCUCGCAGCUCAAGGAAAGACUCGCAUUAUGUCAACCCAAGAGGGACAAAUCGCAUGGCCGAAAAGAGGUAUGCAUCAGAGGAAAGACCUGCGACCAGCACUGGUUACAGAAGCACAACUAGGUCAUCGAGCAGCGGCAGAGAAGAGAAGCGCGGGACUCAGACGGCCCACAAAUGGAGCAAAGCUAGUGGACAGAGCGGCACUGCUAACGCUCGGCGACCAAGGAGCUCGUCGUCUAGCGGCGUCAGUCGGCGUAAGCGCAGAACGAGUAGUCGAAUCUCUGCAACAAGCUGGUCUUCGAGCAGCAGCAGCAGCACUAUUAAGCGCGGCGUUAAGAGGGACCCGUGGUCGCGGAGCUCAAGCACAGUGAGUGGGCACAAAGGAAAAAUCAAGAAGGCGCGCCGCUCUGGAACUACAUCGAUGGUAAGCACUGGCGAGAGCGCAGUUGAUGCUAAACAACAGCGUCGAUUGCGAAGCAUGUCAAGGCACAGUGGAGGCAGUAAGCACAGGGUUAAAGGUCGAUCUGUGUCGGAGAGCAGCUCGCUUAGCAGCUUGAGCGAUAGUCGCAAAACCAAGAAGAAUUGCCGUGCUGGACGCUGCUCUUCGAGCACUCGCAGCCACCACGAGAGCCGACGCCCAACAGACGCCCCGUCAAGUAGCCAUUCAUCAUCCACUGUAUCGACGCGCAAGAGCCGCAAGGCCAAGGCAGCGGCGACUCGAAAGAACACUCGGGGUGCUGUUGAAAAGGCUACGGUGACAGCAAAAGCUCCGAGAACGCCAAAGAGUAAACAAGCAUCCGCGGAAAAGAAAUCGAGCUGUCCAGCGGUUUCCACAGUGAAGAGACCGACGCGCAAACUCAAAACCAAGACGUCGGAAGACGAGGCACGCAGCCAAGAGACCGUUGCGCCGAAUCCGGGUAUGAAUGCUGAGUCAACACCAGGAACAACGCGAAAACGCAGAGCCACUACAUCCAAAGGUGCAGUCGGUGCUCAGAAAUCUGACACUUUGCCAGGAACUGCAACGACCUACACACGCAAAGCUAGGACGUCCGUGGAGGCUCACAGCACUGAGAAAGCCAAACCGACGCCAGGACCUGCAACGACGCGUACACGCAAAGCUAGGACGUCAGAGGCUGCCGGCAGUGCUGGGAAGAUUCAGCCGACGCCAGGACCUACAACAACACGGUCACGCAAAGCCAAUACAUCUGAAGACGUUGGUGGAGCUCAGAAGGGCGAGAAAGCAGCAGGAACAUCGCGAAAGAGCACAGCAACACCAUCGAAAGAUGCAGGAGUCAAUGUAGAGAGUGAGACAACAGUAGGCGCUACCACAACAAAACGCAAAGCAAAGACGGCUGAGUACGGAGAGAGUAGUCAGAAGAUUGAUUCGACGGGUAAAACAGGCAUGACGAGAGAGCGCAAAGCCACAAUGCCGCAAGACACAAAAAGCCCUAAAAAGACCGAUAUCCCUGCCACGGCGAGAAAGCACGGUACAAAGUCAACGACACUGACCAAGACACCCAAGAGCAAACCUAGCACAUCUAAAGACACGAACACCAGCAAAAAGACGCAUGACAACACACCAGCCACUAUACGGCGAAGGAGCGCACUGCGGAAACAACUGACGACUCGAGAUGUGAAGGAAGUGUCAAGUAAACGGCAGGAACCAGGUAUGCUACAGAACGCAACUAAGCAACUAGCGGGAGUGGACUGA